CAUGUGUCUGGGAGGGUUCUUAGAUGGAUUUUAUCUCUAUAGGCCUCCGUUUAGAGCAGGAAAUUAAUUUGAAUCUCCAAAAAUUAUCAUAGAAAAUGCCAAUUUGCACUUUUUCACCCAAGCAAUGCCGGGCCAGACCGCUAGUAUACAGUAUAUUAAAGCUAAGCUGCUGGGUUAACCAAUCACACUCACUUCCUACUCCCACUCUUCAUCUUCAACAAGAUAGAGUGACAACACCAGGAGAGCGACUGCUGUACAGUAUAUUUAAUGGUAAUAUUUUUAUUCAUGUUGUAUUUGUUUUUAAUUGUUUACUGUUAAAUAUGACUCUAAAGGAAUACUUCGGUGUUUUCAUAAGUUUCUUGUUCACAUAAAUACUUUAUCUUGAUAUGAAAAUAGUUGUAUCUUUUUGUUUUGGUGAAUUCUAUUUUAUGAGCACACAAUGAUGAACACAUUUUACUUAUUUAAACAGCACCACUCAGAUGACACAAUGAAAGGCUGCAAAAUUGUACUCUAUUAUUUUGUUAUUUUGACACUUAAUGAGUUUGUUUGGUGUGAUAAAGGUAAAGCCAACGCAUCGAACACAGAUUUUACUGUGAGAUCUACAUACGGGGAGAUUACGUUAUUGUGUGGUGAAAACAACAAAGUGACAAAAGAUGAUAAAAAUGUAACAUUCCCAUUAAAGUAUAAAGACGAGAGCACUGGAGAGUACCAAUGUGUUGAUCGAACAGGCAAACAAAGACAAAAAAUCUACGUGAAGUUCAGAACCUGUGAAAACUGUGUGGAGCUUGACCUGGUUUCCAUAUCAGGUCUUGCUGUUGGGGACUUGAUGGCUACCAUUGUGCUCGGAGUGGCUGUCUAUCUUGUUGCAUCACACACUCAUGCCUUUGUAGCCACCUCUCGACACAAAAGAUCUGACAGGGAACAUCUUAUAUCAAACGAGACACAGAGGCGAGUCCCAAAUGAGGGGUACCAGGAGCUAAAAUACAAAGAUGGUCGCAGAGAAAUAUACCACACACUCUCUGAUAAAUGAUAGCCUGCUUGCCCAACUGAAUAAAAUAUAGUCAAUCUUUGAAACUAAAUACAAGUUCUGGAGUCCAAAUUUAUACAAAUAGGUCUUUGUUUAAUUGUGUAGAUGUUUCACUCCCAUUUUUACUUGCAUUUUCUGUGUGGUGAUGUUAAUAAACAUAAUACCCCCAAGACUUUGUGUUUUAGUGUAUUAUCGUUGUUUGUG